CGAUUGGGCGGUUCUCAAUGGCAUCCAAAAUACUGAAUAGCUGAUGACUUCCCAUUCUGCAGAUAAGCCCAUCCUCUUUUUCACUCUCGCCGGCCGCAGAUUCCAAUCUUUUUUAUUUUCUCUGUAAUACUGAUUUCUGUCUAUGAAUUUCAAGCAACCAUCCUUCUGAAAUUCAUGCCCAAAUAUACUCCACCGGAAUUUCUUCAAAUAUGGCUAUAGAUGUACUUAAUUCCUCAACAUUCUGUUGCGCUCAUUUCAAUUGCAUAUCCGUAACUGACACUGCGCCAGGUAAGAGCUCGCUAUCACUGUGGGUUUCAAUUAGUAAUGGGCCACUUAGAGGCAGAAAGUUUGAAUCUUUGAAGGUUUUAAGGCGCGGGUCUGUGGUAAAUUGGAAGAAAACUAGAAGAAAGAAUGUGGGUGUUUGGCAUAAUGUGAUGAACACUUCGAAUGGGAAUCUCAACAGUGGGAUUUCUUCAGAGGAAGUGUUUGGGAUCUUGAAGUCGUUUUCAGACCCGAAUCAAGCCUUAUCUCUGUUUAAUUCUGUUGCUGAGCUGCCUAAGGUGGUUCACACUACAGAAACGUGUAAUUACAUGCUUGAGCUUUUGAGGGUUCAUGGGAGGGUCAGUGAUAUGGCUAUGGUGUUUGAUGUGAUGCAAAAACAGAUCAUUUAUAGGAAUCUGGACACUUAUUUGACCAUAUUCAAAGGUCUUCAUAUAAGAGGAGGGAUUAGACUGGCUUCAUUUGGUCUUGAGAGGAUGAGAAAAGCAGGUUUUGUGUUGAAUGCAUAUUCCUACAAUGGGUUGAUACACUUAAUUCUUCAAGCCGGGUUCUGUCAGGAGGCUUUAGAAGUUUAUAGAAGAGCGGUUUCAGAUGGCAUUAAGCUGAGCCUUAAGACUUACUCCGCAUUAAUGGUUGCUUGUGGUAAAAGAAGGGAUACCGCCACGGUCCUGAGUUUGUUAAAAGAGAUGGAUAGUUUGGGGUUGAAGCCUAAUAUUUACACCUUUACCAUCUGCAUUAGAGCCCUCGGGAGAGCUGGAAAAGUUGAUGAUGCUUAUGCUAUAUUGAAGCGAAUGGAUAAUGAGGGUUGCACACCUGAUGUUGUUACUUAUACAGUUCUAAUUGAUGCUCUUUGUAUUGCUGGAAAACUUGAUACUGCUAAAGAAGUUUUCAUUAAGAUGAAAUCUAAUGGUCAGAAACCUGAUCGAGUCACAUAUAUCACCUUAUUAGACAGGUUUAGUGACUCUGGGGACUUGGAUUCUGUGAGGGAAUUUUUGGACAGGAUGGAAGCUGAUGGUUAUGAAGCAGAUGUUGUUAGCUUUACGAUACUCAUUGAUGCUUUGUGUAAGGUUGGGCGGAUCGAUGAAGCUUUAUCAACUUUAGAUGCUAUGAAAGAGAAGGGGGUAUCACCUAAUAUUUAUACUUACAAUUCUCUAAUUAGUGGCCUUCUGAGAAUGAAUAAGGUGGAUGAUGCAUUAUUACUGUUUGAUAACAUGGAGUCUUUUGGAGUUCGACGUACUGCUUUCACGUAUGUCCCCUUUAUUGACUACUAUGGGAAGCUGGGAGAGCCUGAUAAAGCACUUCAAACUUUUGAAAAGAUGAAAGCUCAUGGAAUCACACCAAAUCUCGUUGCUUGCAAUGCUUCUAUGUAUAGUUUGGUAGAGUCGGGCAGAUUGAGAGAGGCUAAAAGUAUUUUUGAUGGAAUUAAAAAGAGUGGACAUGUUCCGGAUUCCAUAACCUAUAACAUCAUGAUGAAGUGCUACAGCAAUGCUGGGAAAAUUGAUGAAGCCAUUCACUUGCUGUCUGAGAUGAAGGAAAAUGGAUGUGAGCCUGAUGUGAUUGUAGUCAAUUCAUUGAUUGACAUACUUUACAAGGAUGAUCGAGCUGAUGAGGCAUGGGAAAUGUUUCAUGGAAUGAAGGAUAUGAAACUUGCUCCUACUGUUGUGACUUAUAACACACUAUUGGCUGGACUUAGAAAGGAGGGUAAAGUUCAAGAGGCGUUUAAGUUAUUUGAGAGUAUGGGUGCACAGGGAUGCUCUCCAAACACAAUAACCUAUAAUACUCUUCUGGAUUGUCUUUGCAAGAACGGUGAGGUUGGUACGGCCUUGAAGAUGCUUUAUGAAAUGACAGAAAGAAAUUGCGUUCCUGAUGUUUUCACUUAUAACACUGUCAUUCAUGGAUUGGCUAAAGAAAAAAGGGUUUAUGAAGCAUUUUGGUUCUUCAAUCAGAUGAAGAAAAUUGUCCCGCCUGACUGUGUGACUAUUUACACACUUGUUCCUAGUCUUGUGAAAGAUGGUUCUGUUAAGUAUGCUGUUAAAAUUGUUGAGAAUUUUGUUUGGCAAAUGGAAAAUUGGUCAGAUGAUUCUUUUUGGAGAAGUAUUUGUGAUGGAUUUUUUAAUGAAGCAAAAUUAGAAGAUUCCAUGUUGUUUAUUGAAAUGCUGAUGUAUAAUGGUAUAUGCAAAAAUGACUCAGUUAUGGCACCUUUGAUAAGGUUCCUGUGUAAGCAAAAGAAAGCUCUUGUUGCUCAUGAUGUCUUUGUAAAAUUUACGAAAUCUUUUGGAAUUCAUGCAACACUAAAGUCAUAUUAUCCUUUGAUUGAGGGCCUUCUUGAUAUUCAUCUUUCAGAAUUGGCAUGGAGUGUUUUCAAGGAGAUGAAAAACGCUGGCUGUGCCCCUGAUGUUUUCACGUAUAAUGUGUUGCUCAAUCAUCUUGGAAAAUCUGGGAAGGUUGAUGAACUUUCUGAACUGUACGAAGAGAUGCUUCACAGAGGGUGUAAACCGAUAGCUAUAACUUACAACAUACUUAUCUCUGGUCUGGUGAAGUCAGAUAAGUUGGAGAAAGCAGUAGAGUUAUAUUAUGAUCUUAUGAGUGAUGGUUUUUCUCCCACUCCUUGUACAUAUGGUCCGCUAAUUGGUGGCCUUUUGAAGGCUGGAAAAUUAGAUGAUGCAAAGACUUUCUUUGAGGAAAUGACAAGUUAUGGUUGCAAACCUAACUCUGCUAUCUACAAUAUCCUCAUAAAUGGGUUUGGAAAGGCAGGUGACAUAGAAACUGCCUGUCAUUUGUUUGAGAAAAUGAUCAGAGAAGGCAUUAGACCAGAUUUAAAAUCCUAUACCAUUCUUGUGGAUUGCCUUUGCUUGGCAGGAAAGGUAGAGGAUGCUGUGCGCUACUUUGAGGAAUUGAAAUCAUCUGGCAUUGAUCCCGAUUUAGUUUCAUACAAUCUUAUGAUCAACGGCCUUGGGAGGUCAGGAAAAUUCGAGGAAGCCUUAUGUCUUCUCGAUGAGAUGCGAAGCAAAGGAGUUACUCCUAACCUUUAUACAUAUAAUUCUUUGAUUUUCAACUUUGGAAUAAUUGGAAGGAUGAAGGAGGCAGACAAAAUGUAUGAAGAGCUUCAGAAUCUGGGUCUUGAACCUAAUGUUUUUACAUAUAACGCUCUAAUUAGAGGGUAUAGCAGGUCGGGUGAUCCUGAUCGAGCAUAUGCAGUCUAUGAAAAAAUGAUGGUUGGUGGCUGUAGUCCUAACAGUGGGACUUUCGCUCAACUACCAAAUUAAUGAGGGAAUUCCAUAUUCUUUUUAUGCAACUCAUGAGAGUGAACUUGUGAAGUCGGAAUGCAACGAGUAAGAGUCAGCUUGUGUAACUACAUUGACUACAUCCGAUUAUAGGUGGCUUAUUCAAUGCGGAGUCUUCCUAUAGGUGUUUAACUAUUGUUCAUAACAGUGAUGCCAGCCUCCAUUCUGGCACUGCUUCAUAAUGUUAAGAUUUUGGAAGCAAUCACCACAAAAAAAUGGCAAGAAAGUUUUCAUUUGGAGUCUUUGGAGACUUUGGGAGACUCCUUUCUAAAAUAUGUUGCCAGUCAGCAGCUAUUCACAUCUUUUGAAAAUAAUCACGAGGGGCUCCUUAGUGUUAAAAAGGGACAAAAUGGUCUCAAAUUCAGCAUUGUGCAGGCUGCAUGCAACCAAAAGAUUCUGGUAAGAAACUUGAUGAGCGUAAUUUCAUCUCAGUAUUCUAAGGAAGCUGAGCUGAAUAUUGAAUUGGACCAAUAUUUUCCUUCAGUUAUUACUGCACACAAAAGAUUUGCAUUAACUGUUUUUGGUUGUGUCGUUCCCAUCGAAUUGCAGGGAUUUAUUCGCACAGAACCAUCUACUAGCGUGCGCAUAAUGUGCUAAAUACGUGAUAUAAAUAUGUGUGUGUGUGUAUGUGUGUGUGUGUGUGUGCGCGCUUUUAAGUCCUCGUUUCGGCA